UUAACGUUUUCAGUGUUCUCUGUUCGCAGAAAGUGUUUCGACAAGUGUCGUACCCUAUUCGUUUUUUUUACCAUCCCUAGUAUUUUUUGUAAUUUUUUUUACACUAUAGUUAUAGUGGGAUGCGUGUAACUAAUACACUGUGUACACAUUUAGCGAAUACUAUCCAAAAUGGUAGAAUUGGAGAAAAAUUCUAGAAAUCAUGCAGAAAAUAAGUCCGCUCCGAGCCCCCAAAAAAGUGAUUCGUUCGAACAACCACCACCUCCUGAUGGGGGCUGGGGAUGGGUGGUUGUUUUUGCUUCCUUCAUGAUCCAUGUCGUUACCGAUGGGGUUGUAUAUUCAUUUGGCGAAUUUCUCAAAGGUUUCUUAGAUCAGUAUCACGCUGGAAAUGGAGUAACAUCGUUGAUUAUUUCGAUAUUAGUCGGUACAACAUUAUGCUCAGGUCCAAUUGCUAGCGCAUUCGUGAAUAAAUUUGGCUGCAGACCAGUGACUAUAGCGGGCAGCAUAAUAUCAGCAUUUUGUGUAUUUAUUAGUUAUUGGGCUAAAAGUGUCACCGUACUCAUAAUAACGAUCGGUUUCGGUACAGGUAUUGGAUUCGGAUUAAUAUACUUGCCAGCUAUUGUCAGUGUUACGUGUUAUUUCGAAAAAUAUCGAUCAAUUGCCACUGGAAUUGGAGUAUGUGGAUCUGGCUUCGGUACCAUUGUUUUUGCUCCUUUGGUCAGCGUUUGCAUAAAACAUUUCGGAACAGAUGGUACUUUGAUUGUGAUUAGUUUCAUGGUACUGACGUGUAUUUUUUAUGGUCUGUUAUUGAGACCUGUACCAUAUGCACAAGUUGAAGAAACUCCUAAUAAUCAUCAGACUCUGUAUAGUCCUGAGAAUGUACCCUUAACUACGGUUACAUUGGUCGAUGAUGUGCCCAACGGAGGUUUAAAGAAUGGCGCUAUGAAUGGCGGAAGACGUUACAGCAUUCACGAUAUAUCUUCGGAAUUAGCUAUGGAUAAAGAUAAACUAAAAACAAUAACUUCGGCUUCGCAGUUCGUCAGCCAACCUACCUUAAUUAUUAACGAUUUAAAAUUAAACAAAAGCAGCUUAUCUUUGAAGAGUAAUCAUAGCGGAAUUAUGUAUAAAAAAGACGUGUUCCUGACCAGCAGUAUAAGAAGCAUUAAAGACAUAUCUAAAUCUAAUGGUUACCUUUCACCCGUUCAAAGGCAACGUCAAAUCAGCGGCUGCCACCAGACGACAGUAGAGAAAAAGAAAUACACGUGUUUGCCUUGUUCGAUCGAAUGUCAAGAUACCAUCGCUGAAAUGACUGAUUUUUCUUUACUGAAAGACUUAAUCUUCGUUUUAUUCGCUUUAUCGAAUUUUUUAACCAGCAUCGGAUACAACAUCCCUUACGUUUUUAUUCCGAUUUAUAUCAAAACAAAGGGUUACGAAGAAGAAUGGUCGAGUUACUUAUUGAUCUUUAUAGGAAUCGGUAACACGAUAGGAAGGAUAGUUUUGGGGUAUUUCUCCGAUAAGGCGUUUGUGAAUCGUCUCCUUGUAUACAAUACAUGUCUCACAACUUGUGGCAUCGCUUGUAUUUUAAACAUAUUCAGUACAGGUAAACUUGGAUAUAUUACCUUUGCUGUGGUAUACGGUUUCACCACAGGAGCCUAUGUGGGGCUUACAUCUGUGAUAACAGUCGAUUUAUUUGGUCUGGAUAAUUUAACCAACGCUUUUGGAAUGUUACUGCUCUUCCAAGGAGUAGCCUCGUUUAUCGGGCCUCCUUUUGCUGGUAUGUUUUGUGAUUACUUCGACUCGUAUGAUCCAGCAUUUUACAUCACUGGUGUCACUAUUGCCUUCAGUGGAAUCAUGCUGUAUUUUAUUCCAAGUAUUGAAAGAUGCUUGGCAAGAAGGAAACAAAAAACUUGUGAUAAUAAGAUAAGCUGUUGAAAUUUACCGUGAAACCCCCGCCGGAGAAAUUUAUUUACCUAAAAGUCUGGUACAGUUUACCGAAGCCUGGUUUAAACAUAUGUGAUUUUCAAGUCUGAAAAAUGAAUUUAUAUUUAUUGUUUUAUACGUUGUAAAAAUAAUUAUACCAGUACCAUUUGUAUAUAUUUUAUCAUAAGCGAAAAAAAAGUAAUGUCUGUGAAAAUGUAUAAUUUUAAGUUACCUCGAGUUAAUGGUAAAUCGCUCAAAUUUUGCUAUACCUUAUUCGUGUAAUUUUUUUCUCGUUUCUUCUCUUUUCUUUAUUUUUUUAUUUGUACUUAAUAACUCUUGUGUUCAUUGACUUAACGGAAGGGUUAUUUUUGAAAGAAAAGAAUUUUAUUAGCGUAAGACAAUCUUCUACAUUUUAAACAGAUCUUGCUUCCUAUUUGUAAAUUUUUACAUCGUAUGUUUAUCUUAUUAGAAAAAUUGCUCUUUUUUUAAAUAUUAUUACCUACUAGCGUUGACUAUUUUCACGACUAGAGUACAAUUUUUCUCCAUUGUUUAUACUACUUGUACCUAAGUAUAAUAAUAUGUUCAUAUUUACUGAGAGCGAUUUUUUUUUCAUUUUAUUCUAAUACCUAUUACGAUAAUGUAAAAAUUCAAAGUGAUUUUCAUCAUUUUUUUCAAGUUACAUGUUUUCCUAUACAUUUUUACCCUAAAUUAUUUUUUUAUUUUGAUUUGUUUAUUGGGUUCAUGUAGGCCUAUAAAUUUGUAAAUUUUGUGAAUUUUUAAAAAUAUUUUUAAGGAUUAGUUUUUAAAGUUCUAUGUAUUGCAUUUCCGAUACCAUUCUAAUGAAAAAUUGUAAAUUCAGUCUACCUUAUGAAAGUUCUUCGGUGAAGAAGUCGUGUAAAGUAACUCGAUUAUUACCACAAAUUGAAUUUAAUUAUGAUUGACUGCAACAGCACAAAACCCACAAAUCGGAAAUAAGAAAAAAAAAUCAUUGUAAUUCUAAUGAUCAAAAUAAAUGCUUAUUUUCUCGUG